UUUAUCAGCUUCUGUAAAGAGUGUUUACACAUUCGGUUUGUGAGUCGGUUGUUGACACAAGGUAUUCGACUUUCUUUUGAGGAUAAUCAACUCUUGCCGGUCGUAAUGAAUAUCAUCUUUUCUUUAACUCUCCUGAUGCUCCUCAUCUCGAGUAAUCUACUGAUCCAGAGAUCACUUCAAGCAAGCACCUGGCAAUGUCCUGUGAAGAACAACUCCUGCACAAAUGUCUCCAUCUACUUCAACUGCAAUAGAUCCAAUCUUAUGUACUGCUCUGUAGAGUCCUGUGACCAGCGGAGCGUGGGCUGCUCCUGUACGUUGGGUUCCUAUAACGAGACGGGCUACAGUGCCCCGGAUCUCUGCACAUGUGAAGCCAAGAAUCAGUCCUGUUACUGCCUGAACGAUCUAAAGACUCAAGACAUCCAGAGCGUCCCCAUAACCAGCGUGAUGGAAAUCGUUGGCCUGAUCUCAAACAUGACGACUCAGAUACCUCCCGAAAUAGCGACGGACUAUCUGAAGGUGCUCGAUCAGGUCCAGAUAAGGGUUUCAGGCAUGUCCAGCAAUAUAAGCCACAAAGAUCUGGCGGCAUAUGGAGACACUUUAUUGAACGUCUAUGAUGAAAUGGUGUCUGUACUGGUGGUGUCAACAAACGAGACCACUUACAAGAACGUCAGUCUCAACAAUACAGAAGUCAGAGUUCUUACGGUCGGGAAAGACGCAUCUUUAGGAAUGAUCCCUUCCAUCAAAACAGAAAAUGCUAGCAUGGAUAUUGAUAUUUACAAUAUUUCAAGGAAAAUCCCUUCAAAUUCAGCCGCUGUGACUUUUCUGAGCUUCACCUCGAUGGACAAAAUACUGAAACCAGAAUUCUUCAACUCGUCAAAUUCCAUGAAUAAAACCAUGAUGUCCACUGUCAUCUCAGCUACUCUUUAUAACAGCACAGCAAACAAGCUCACUGAAGCAGUCAAUUUCACCGAACCAGUCAACUUCACCUUCAAACACAUCAAUUUACAAGACAGCGGUACACUUUUCUGUGUGUACUGGAACAUCACUGAGUGGAUUGUAGAUGGUUGUUCUGUUUUACACAAAAACAGCAGCUACACUGUGUGUUCAUGUGUUCAUCUGUCAACAUUCGCUCUCAUCUUGCAAACCGGCGGCAGUUCAUCAUCAUCAUUAUCAUCAUCGGAUGAACAUCUGAUGGAAAUGUUGAAUUUAGUGGCUGUCUCGGUGGGUCUGGUGUUUAAUAGUUUGGCUCUGUUGACUUUUGCUUUCUGUCGAUGGAAACCUGGAGUGAACAAUGUGGCUCGAAUCAACCUCUGCAUCAGUCUGCUGUCGGCUCAUCUUCUGUUCUUACUCACACAACGCUUCCUCAAACUCAUCAAAGCUGACCAGAGGUUGUGUAAUGUGCUGUCAGGAUUUCUGCACUUUCUCUUUCUCUCCUGCUUUGUGUGGAUGUUCAUUGAAGCUGUGCUGCUCUACGUCUGUGUGAAGAACCUAUCACAGAUCAGCUCCAAACAGAGGGCGGUGCUUAGCAGCAGAUUCUUGAUUGUGAUUGGAUAUGUGAUUGCUCUGGUUAUAGUGGGCGUGUCUGUGGGAUUGUAUCCUGAAGGCUACGGCAGUGAGAAAUGCUGGAUUAAAAAGGAGAACUACUUCAUCUGGAGUUUUCUGGGACCCGUUUGCGUUAUUCUUGUGAUAAACACGAUUCUCUUCAUCAGAAUCAUCCACAGUCUUAACUCAACUCUCAGAAAACUGAACGCUGAAGUUUCACGGAUGAAACAAACCAAGAUUAUGGUUUUUAAAACACUGGCUCAGUUUGUGGUUCUUGGUUGUCCCUGGAUUCUGGGUUUCUUCACUGAAGACAAUAUGAUGAUAGAGAUUUUCUUCCUGAUUCUGAACUCACAGCAAGGAACCUUCAUCUUCCUGAUCUACUGUCUCCUCAAUAAUGAGGUCAGACAGCAGUAUGUGAAGUGGAUGAGCGCUCUCUUCCCCGGACUCAAAUCCAAAACAAACAAAGACGCCCCCAAAAAACGCUGUGGACCAGAUUGAUAGUCAAGCACAUUCUUCAAGCAUAUUCUUUAUUAGA